AUGGUCAAGUCCUACUUGAAUUUGUUGGUGCGUAACAGGAAAAUCCACUUACUAGUCUUCGUGGUGUUUCUCCUCUCCGCAGCUUUCCAUACUAUGGUCCGCCAGGGGGUCGCCUUGGACUACUCCACUUACGAUCCCCAUUCCAGCGAGCUCACUUACCAAUCAAUUUCCGAAACUAUUCACAGCACGCUUUUAGUGACGGACGUCCGCAUCCAGCGCUGUGUGAGAGGUUUCUCGUGCUCUGCUCCUGCGAACACCGAGCCAGGAUUCUGGGUCAAGGUUCCUACCAAGCUUAAUCUCUACCCAACUUCCAUCCAUCUUUUCAAUUACUACUUGUAUGUUGAGAAAACAAAGGGUGCAGAGGCCAAGAGGUAUGUGGUGAAUAUUCAGUUCACUAGCAAGAACGAACCACCAUCAAGUAAGGUGGAGUUGAAGUGGUUGUCGCACAAGGUCGGCUCCCAAAGCUUUAUUUGGAUCGGCUACAUGGAGACAUUAGACUUUGAGGCGCCCUUGAUUCGUGACGUAAAUGUUCUUUAUGGAAAGCACGACAUGAGUGACGCUCGUGAUCACUGGAAGUUCUCUCCAACUCCGAUCCAACUUCCUUUCCAACAGUCCAUCCACCCCAUGCUCUCUACUUUGAUUGUCGCUGUCAAUGAAGAAUUAGCAAUUUUCACUGCUGACCAGGAAUUUGACAAUUACCUCAAGAAGAAUGAGGUGUUUGUAAACGUGGACCCUGGUUUCAAGAUUAUUCAAAUCAGUGAUAUGCAUAUUGGCCAGGACUCUGCGCUCUGCGAAGCCGAGGAUGGGAAGACUGGUCCGACUGGUCGGAACUGUAAAUUUGAUAUCAAUACCUUGAGAUUCCUUGAAGACGUGCUUAAAAACGAGGAGGAUAUCAAGUUAGUCAUUUUCACUGGUGAUAUAAUCGACUAUUCCAGAGUGAAACAUUUCGAAUCGGCAAUUUUGAAGGCUCUUGCACCUGUCUUGAGGGCAAAAAUUCCCUUUAUCUUCACCUUUGGAGACUCGGAUCAUGAAUGGAGCAAACCACAGUCUAAGAUCAAUAUCUUGAACUUCAUCUCCAGUUUGCCACGCUGUUACAACAAGAGACCGGGUGAUUUGAAUCACAGGUUACACGGAUUGACCAAUGGUAAUCUCAAUGUCUACCAAGUUCCACCACUUGGAGGCCAAGAAACCUUUGACUACAAAACCAUGAAACUUGACCAACCAUCAGCGGUAAUUACCUACCUUGAUUCGGAGGAGAUGUAUGUUGACGAGACUCAGAGUACGUACAUCUACAGGCUUUCACAGACUAUGAAGGAUGUGAACUUCAAGUUGCUUUUCAUCCACAACCCACUUCCGAACUUCCGUCCUUCAGGUCGUGUCAAGUUGAUUGGAGGUUACAACGAGAAGCAUAGAAUCCACACAAAAACUAGUUCACAAUUUCUUUCAGAUGUUAAGGAUUGCGGUUACCGUGCUGUUUGCGUUGGUCAUGAGCAUGAAAAUGAUAAUUGUCUCUGGGAUGAUAAAGAUGGUAAAGAGAUUUUGCUUUGCUAUUCCAGUGUUGCAGGUGAGUCUGCCAACACUCGUAUUGAUCCCAAUUUUGAGCGUCGUUUGCGUGUUUUUGACAUCCGCUUUGAUGCACAAGAAAUUUAUAGUUGGAAGAGAAAGAAGGGAGCUGAUCAGAAGUCACUGACUUUUGACAGUCAGCUGAUCUUUAAGGUUGAGUCACCAGGUUCGUCAUUUGUCGAGGAUAACCAGGACGAAAAGCAGGAAGAAAAGCAGGAAAAACUAAAGGAUAAGAAACCUAAGCUAAAGGCAAGUGACCAUGCACCUAUUGGUGACUCAAAGGCUCCUGCAAAGGAUCUGAACGAGAAGGUGUCUUCAAACCCACCUAAGAAGACCGUCAAGCCGUCCAAGGAUGUGACCAAGGGGGUAGCAAACAAGGAUUCAGCAGAUGAGCCAACGAAGGAAGUUCCAGACGAAGGUGAGAAGGAAGUUGAACCUGUUAAAGAGGCUGUCAAACCCAAAGUAAACAAAGUCAAGGCUGAAGAAGACACGACACCUGAAGAACCUGUGGCUAAUGCCGUUGACGAAGAGGAGGCUAUUGCUGAAGAAGAAAAGGCCGCGGCUGAGCAGGAGGCUGCAGUUGAGAAAGAGGCUUCUGUUGACGAUGCUGUCGAUGAACCAGUGGUUGACGAAAAGGCAGCACAGUAA